AUGCGACCGAAUUCCCGGAUUGCCCUGGGUGAAGGAGACAGAGGUGGCAAGAGUAAGGGCUGUCCAGCGUGUCUACUAUCUGGAGGCGCUCUGAACUGUUGUGAGGGGGACAUCCUGCUCCUGUUGGAUUCAUCAGGAAGUUUGUCAUCCUACGAGGUCUCUCGCGUGCUGCGCUUCCUAUCCGAGCUGCUCCUCCCCUUCUCUCAGGGGCGGGGCCAGGUGAGGGUGGGGCUGCUGCAGGUGGGCACUGAGCCACACCUGGAGUUUGGUCUGGAUGCCCACAGCACCCAAUCUGGCCUGCAGGGGGCACUGCAGAGGACCAGGCAGAUCCAGGGGGACACCAACACAGAGGCUGCCCUCAGACUGGCUCAGGGGCAGCUAGCCAGAGCUGGGGCUGUGGAUGAGUUGCAGCUCCCCAAGGUGCUGGUGUGGCUUACGGAUGGGGUACAGCCGGGCACGGUGGCUGGACCAAUGGCAGAGCUGAGAAGGGCGUGCGUGUCUCUGCUGGCUGUCUCUACGGGACACAGGAACUACCAGGUGCUGCAGAGGGUGGUGACCCCGCCCAUCAAGUCCCACCAGUACUUUGUCGACAUCGAUGACAUCAGCAUCAUCACAGAGGACCUUAGGGAGGCCAUCAUUGAGGUGUUGAGCCCAGCAGUGGUCACAGUGUCAGACUCAGGUCCUGACAGGGUGCUACAUGGACAUCAGAACUCCACUUUGCUCACUGGUCUAGAGCCAGAGACACAGUACCUAGUUACUGUCAGAGCCCUGUACUCCACAGGCAAAGAGAAGGUGAUGUCUGUCAAGGCCUGCACUCAAGGGGGGGAUAAUUUAUACUCUGGAGUGAGCCUAACUUUAGAUAACUGUCUUCUGCCAUCGGAGCGACAACAGCAGAGUCCAUCCGCUGAGCAUGGGCUCUCCACGGACAUGGAAGAGCAGCUGCGAAUGCGGGGCUGUGAGUUGAUCCAGGCCGCGGGUAUUCUGCUGAAACUCCCGCAGGUUGCCAUGGCCAUGGGGCAGAUCCUUUUCCAGAGGUUCUACUACUGCAAGUCGUUUGUCAGACACUGUGCAGAGAUGGUUGCAAUGGCAUGUGUGCACCUGGCUUCGAAGAUCGAGGAGGAACCGCGGAGGGUACGAGACGUUCUCAACGUGUUCUACCACCUCAAGCACAGCAAAGGCAAAAGGACCCAGUUCCCCAUGCCUCUGGAUGCCAGCUACAUCAGUGCCAAGGCUCAGGUGAUCAAAGCAGAGAGGAGAGUGCUGAAGGAGCUGGGCUUCUGUGUGCACGUCAAGCACCCCCACAUGAUCAUUGUGAUGUACCUCCAGGUGCUAGAGUGUGAGAAGAAUACUAAACCUGCUCCAGAUCUGUUCUGCUCAUCUCUCUUUGUCCUAGCAUCGCCUGCUGUACCACAGCCCAACAGGGAGUCUCCCCUGAAUCAAGUCGCGCUAAAAAAUGCCUGCCGGAAACUCGUUAACGGAGACGAGUAUGUAUUCUUCCUCUACUGGAGAAGAAAAUAG